AUGUCCUCCCCGAGCGAAGCAACAGCAGGCGAUGCCGCCACGCGCGAUAUUGACGUCGACGCCGAAAUGGCAGAUGCCCUGACCCAAGAUGCGCCAGCCAGACAGGAGGAGAAUGUUGACCAUGACAUGACCACCCAGACGGACACACAACAACCUGGCGCGACAGCGACAACAGGAUCGGGCUUACUGAACCAGAAUCGUAAGGAUGUGACGUUACGGGAGUUUUUGAGUAAAAUGGAUGACUAUGCGCCAAUUAUCCCCGACGCGGUAACAGCUCACUAUCUCACACUUUCGGGCUUGCCACCCCCAUCUCCAUCCGACCCAACAGGAGCCAGCACGAACACCACCCCUCUCCCGCUUGCCCGCCUCCUCGCUCUCGCAACCCAGAAAUUUGUCGCCGAUAUUGCCGCCGAUGCCUACCAAUACUCGCGUAUCCGCAGUUCGAAUAACGCUGUCAGCGGCCCAGGAAUAGGAGUAGGCAUGGCUGGGGGUGGAGCGUCUUCCUUUGCAGCCGGCGCUGCUGGCGGCUCUGGAGCGGGAGGUGCAGGGGCAGGGGGAGCAGGAGGGAAGAACCAGCAGAAUACGACGUUAGGGGUGCAAAGGAGCGGGUAUGGUGGUGGCGGACAAGGUGGAAGCGCUCAGGGCAAGACCGUCUUGACAAUGGAGGACUUGGGCAUGGCAGUACAGGAGUACGGAAUCAAUGUCAAAAGAGGGGAGUUCUACAGAUAA